AUGUCAGUCUCUUCGAGUAUUGGAGAACGAGUACAACAACAAACAAGUAACAAUAAAAAUGUUGAUUAUUCGUUGUAUCCUCCCUUCAUCCAUCAGGUAAGUAAUUUGAGAUAUGUAAUGUGAUCUGGCUAAAAAAAUCGUUUUUUCUUUAAAUAUAAAUCAGUCAGUUCAGUGUUUUUUCUCACAGAUGGAUGCCAAAUUACCCGAAUAUUCAAGAGAUGGUGAUAUAGAAUAUCCAUUCGAAGAAACUCAUGGAGUUGGCGAUGAAAAUCGGAUACGUGGAAAUUGGUCGAGUAAAUCCGAUUAUCUAUUAGCUUGUAUUGGAUUCACAGCCGGAGUCGGAAGCUUUUGGAAAUUUCCAUUUUUAGUUUUCAAAAAUGGCGGUGCCGCCUUCCUUGUGCCAUAUUUAAUAAUGCUAAUAUUAGCUGCAAUGCCAAUGUUUUUCAUCGAAUUAGUUUUGGGACAAUUUUCAUCGCUAGCAGCUAUAAGUGUUUGGAAAGUUGUGCCAUUAUUCAAGGGAAUUGGUUAUGCGCAAGUUGCAAUCUCCGGAGGAUUUGCGAUAUUUUUCAAUAUUAUUUCGGCGUGGUCACUGUUUUAUUUGAUCAAUUCAUUCAAAGUUCAGAUUCCAUGGUCGCAUUGUAAUAAUUCAUGGACUGGAGAAGAAUGUGUGAAUGAAGUGUAUUUUCAAUGCAGUAAAUAUAAUGGAUCUUUGAAGCAUGGAAGAUGUCUGAUUGAUGUAAAUAAGUCACUAAUUUUCUGUUGAUUUCAAUUAUAUUUUCAUUUAUUUCAGAGACCAGAAUUCAAUGAUACCGUAGUCAAAGAUAUCGAUGCGAAAAUUCCCGGACUUGAGUAUUUUCAGUAGGUUUUUUUUUCAUUGAAAACAUUUUUCUAAUAGUUUUCGACCUGCUGGAUACAAUCCUAUCGUCAAAAAUUGUCGAACUUAACUUCCUCAUAAGUUAUGACGUGGCAAAGUUUGGACAAUUUGAAAAAUCGGAUUUGUUACGAAUUUGAUAGCACAGUGUUUCGACCCAGAUUAGAACUUGAAAAAAAUCAUUUUUGAAGUUUUUUCAUCUCCUAGAAUCCCAAAUUUUCAAAUUGUUCGAAGUUUGCCACGUCAUAACUUAUCAUGGAGUUGAAUUCGACAAUUUUUCACAGCGUUAUCAUAAUCAGCUCUCCGUGUGAGAAAAAAGAGAUUUUUUUUCCAGCAAAACCGUCUUGAUGUUAUCAGAUGAUAUAUUGACCGUCGGAGGUUUGAAUUGGUAUUUGGGACUCUGUGUUUUGGCAUGCUGGAUCGCAGUUUUCCUAUGUUUAUUCCAAAAUGUUAAGUCAAGUGGAAAGGUCUGUCUCUACAUAAUUCACAAUUAAUUUCUCUGUCUCUCUCCCUCAACCCAAUCAUUUUCAGGUUGUCUAUGUGACCGUAAUCCUUCCUCCCAUCCUCGCUACAGUACUCCUUGCAAGACUUCUCACAUUAGAUGGAAGCCUGGAAGCAGUUCUAUUCAUUUUCCAACCAAAAUGGGAGGUUUUGAAGGAUUUGAGAAUUUGGGGAGAGGCUGCUGUCCAGGCAUUUUAUUCAGUUUCUUGUUGUUCUGGUGGACUUUUCACAAUUGCGAGUUAUAAUCGAUUUCAUAAUAAUUUGUAUAAGUGAGUUGAUUUUCAUUAAUUUUCGAAUAAUUAAUUAAUAUUUUCCAGAGAUAUUGCACUAAUUCUAUUUGUCGAUGUUUUUGUGUCUAUAAUCGGAUGUCUUCUCACAUUUUCAGCUGUAGGAUUUGUCGCAGUUCGAUUCAGUAUUCCACUUCCCAACUUUCCUAUCAAAGGUAUUUCAUUAAUGUAGAUUUUUUUAUCUUUAAAUGAAUUGUGCAGAUGGAUUCCAUUUGGUAUUCGCGUUUUUGGCUGAAGCAUUAGCCAGUGUUCCAGUUGCUCCACUUUAUGCUGGUUUUUAUUUCAUCAUGAUUUUAUUGAUUGUUCAUGCAACUCAAAUGUUUGUGGUGAGUUGAGGGAUUUUUAGAAUAUUUUCGGAUUGAAUAUAGAAUUUACAAGAUCUUAAACUAACCUACUUUUAAAUUACUAAAAAAAAUUGAAAAAAAAUUUCGGAUUUUUCAGUUGAUAAGUAAAGCUUACAAAGUUAAUGUUAAAGUUAAAGUUUUUCAAUUUUAAGUUUAUAUCCAAAAUUUAAAUUUUGUCAGUUAAGGUCUAAGCUUUUCUGCACUUCUUGUGCUCAGACCCUAAACUACUUCAGACCCUAAUUUCUAACAGAAUUUAAUUGCUAAGUAAAAGCUGCUAAGGUUAUAUCCUAGAAAUUCAAGUUUGAAUCAAAUUUCAGCUCUCAUUAUAUUUAAAAUAAGAAAAGCUGAUAAAAUUUAAGCUGAAGGCUCCUAAACAUCUAAAAAUCUUCCAGGUCGAAACAAUCGUAUCCUCGCUCUGCGAUGAAUUCCCCGAACGACUUCGCCGAAAUCGCCGCCACGUUCUAACAACUGUCUGCACAAUUUUCAUCCUUCUCAGCAUUCCAUUUUGUGUAUCUUGCGGGCUUUAUUGGAUGGAACUUAUGGCUCAUUUUGUGCUCACUUGGCCUCUUGUGGUUAUCGCAUUUUUGGAAUGUAUGGCGAUUAAUUGGGUAAAGUUAGAGGCUGAUUUUCAAAAAAAAAAUUGAACAAUUUCAGAUUUAUGGAGUUGAUAACCUUUUGGAUAAUGCAAAAUGGAUUGUUGGAUAUUGGCCCCCGUUUUAUAUCUUCUGGAAAAUUCUCUUCAAAUUCAUCUGUCCGAUUGUUUAUUUGGUGAGUUUUUCUCGGAAAAAUUAUUUAUCCAAAUGAAAUGAUAAGUGAAUGUAGUCUACAGUUCAAUGUACCCGAAAAGAAUGAGAUGAUUGAUAAGAAAAAUCAAAGAGACAAUUCAAUCUUCAAUAUUUUUUCUGUGUUUUUUUUAUUACUUGAAAUUUUGUUGAGUUUUUAAUUUGGACAUGAUUUCCUAGGCUGAAAACUGGGCUCUCUAGGCUCGGCUGCUUGAGAAAUAAAAUCUCUAGGGUCGGCUACUUGAAAAUUAGGCUCUCUAAGCGCGGCUCCUUGUCAGAGUAGAUGUCUAGAUGUGAAGCCUAGACAAUUAGAUUCUUCAGGCGCAGACACUUGAAAACCAGGAUCUCUAGGCGCGGCUGCUUAACAACUAAGUUUUCUAGGCUCGGCUACUUGAAAACUAGGCUCUGUAGGCUCAGUUACUUAUCAUAGAAGCUCUCAAGGGUCGGCUGCAUGCCAGAGUGAAUCUCUAGACGCGGCUACUUGAGAACUAAGUUCUCUAGGCUCGGCUGCUUGAAAACUAGGCUCUUUAGGAGCAGAUACUUGCCAUAGAUGCUCUCAAGGCGCGGCUACUUAACAGCUUGGAUCUCUAGGCGCGGCUCCUUGACAUUUUCUAAUUUCUCAUUUUUCAGUCAAUCCUUUGUUUCCUUUUGCUCGAUUGGAAAACCCUAAAAUACGGAGACUAUGAAUUCCCAUACCUAUCAAUUGUAACUGGCUGGUGCAUCGGAGCCUUCCCCCUAUUGCUCAUCCCAAUCUUCGCAAUUUUCCAAUAUAUUUCGGCAAAAGGAAAUUUGACCCAGAAAUGGUGGAAGGUAUUAUAUCCGGAUGAUGCGUGGGGACCGGCAUUGGCAAUUCAUCGCGCUGAAAAAUUCCCACUACAAAUUCCGGAAGCGAGACGACUUCUUUUACCGCCAGAAGUUGAGAUUAUGACUGGGACUAGGGAACAAUAUAUGGUAAGUUAGCACAAGUCAUAUUUUUUAAAUGAUAUUUUUUCUCACAAUCAGAACGACGAGGAAUUCGAUGAACAUCGACUGAUUUCUGGUCGAAAAUCGCUAGAAUUCGGGCUUGAUUCAAGAUCUGUUAGAUCUGGAGCUGAUGUUAAAAGUAUAGCCGCAACAAUCAACACAAUUCCAAAAUUCGAACGAGAAACUGCUAUUUAA